AGAAUAAACAACAUCAGCUGACAAUGGCAGUAGUCGACGUAUUUCACUUUUAAUUGUCGUAGUUUGAAGCCAAAGCAGAUAGAUAUGGGUAACCAGCUUGCAGGCAUUGCUCCAUCACAGAUAUUCCCUGUGGAAACGUAUCUGUCUGAUUUGCCUGAUGUUACAUAUGAAACUAGCUUAGGCAGCACUCGCUUUUUCAAAGUUGCAACAUGUCAGACCUGGGAAGGCUCGGUAGUUGUGAAAGUGUUUGUGAUUCACGACACUUCAUUGCAACUGAACAAGUACAAGAAAAUGGUUGAAGAAGUGUCAACCAAGUUAAUAACCGCAGCAAAUUGUCUCCAGUUUCAUUAUGUGCGGGUGACAGAGAAAGCAGCAUUCAUGAUUAGACAGUAUGUGAAGAGUAACCUCUAUGACAGAAUAUCAACACGUCCUUUCCUGACUCCGAUAGAGAAGAAAUGGCUAGCAUUCCAGCUCUUGUGUGCACUGAACCAAGUCCAUCAGCAAGGAGUGUGCCAUGGAGACAUUAAGCUAGAGAAUGUCAUGGUGUCCUCAUGGAAUUGGCUCUUGCUCGCUGAUUUUGCGACAGUGAAGCCCACUUUGCUCCCUGAGGACGACCCAGCAAAUUACACCUACUUCUUUGAUACUUCCCGCAGAAGAAUUUGUUAUAUUGCACCUGAGAGGUUUAUUAAGACUGUACAAAGGGAUGCACAGCAGUUGCUUCUAAUGCCGGUAAAGGAUACAGGAACUCUCACCCCUGCCAUGGAUGUAUUUUCGGUUGGAUGUUGUCUGGCAGAGCUCUUCACCGAAGGCUGUGCACCCUUUGAUUUAACACAGCUCCUGGCAUACCGUGUGGGAGACUAUUAUCCCACCAAAGUCCUGGAUAAGAUUGAUGAUCCUAGAGUUAGGUCGUUGGUGGAGCACAUGAUCCAGAAAGAUCCCGAGAGCAGACACAGUGUCGCAGAGUACCUGGAGCAGGAGCGAGGGACGACAUUCCCACAGCACUUCUACACAUUCCUCUGGCCCUUCCUCAAGCAGUUUGCCGUCACUCCCAUAAUGCCUGAUGAUGACAGAAUCAAGCAAAUAAAGAAUAGUAUGAGUGAUAUCCUGAUAGCCUUAGGAGCUGAAGAUGAGAAUGAUAAGGAAGUGGACAAAGAAGAUGACUCAGAGAAGAAAGACAAGGAGAAACCAGAAAGGAAAUGUGAAGCUCUCAUCAUCAUAGCAUCACUUAUUACCUCAUCAAUCAGGGCCCUUCAUUUUAUAUCUUCCAAGUUAGAUGCCCUGGAGUUACUAGGGAAAGUGUCACAUUAUGUUCCUGAUGAAAUCAUUCUAGAUCGUAUUUUGCCAUAUACUUUUCAUCUUCUUCAUGAUAGUGAGCCUAGAGUGCGUGUUUUCGCUCUCCACACUGUCACACACUGCCUCACCCUUGUCUCAUCAGUCCCGCGAUCAGAUGUCAACAUAUUCCCCGAAUACAUCCUGCCAAACCUGGCUGAUAUUACACAAGAUGAGGCUGUAAUUGUGAGACAAGCCUAUGCAGAAAAUAUAGCCACCAUUGCUGAGACUGCAUUAAGAUUUCUUGAGUACAGCCAACUCCAAGGCAUGAUGACAUCCUACAGUUAUGAAACAGAAUUGGCAACUUUGCAAGAAGUUAUUCAACAGAAAGUAGCAACCAUGUUCUCUGACCCCUCUAAUGUGGUGAAGCGGACAUUGAUGGAGAAAACAGUUACCAAAUUGUGUGUGUUUUUUGGAAAGCAGAAAGCAAAUGACGUUCUGCUGUCCCACAUGAUCACCUUCCUGAACGACAAGCAUGACCGCCACCUGCGCAUGUCCUUCUUCACAAGCAUUGUUGGUGUUGCUGCGUAUAUCGGAUGUCAUUGCGCAGACAUUCUCAAACCACUCCUCCUUCAGGGACUAAGUGAUGCUGAGGAGUCCGUGGUGGUGGCAGCCAUUGAGGCCAUGACAGCACUGACAGAGCUAGGCCUCUUCCCAACUUAUCUGCAGUGUGACCUCUUGGCUCAUACCGCACCUUUGCUCAUCCACCCAAACCUCUGGAUAAGACAAGCUGUGGUGGCAUUAGUCGGUGUGGUUGCCAGAUUGCUGCCUCUGGUUGAUGUACAGACAGCAGUGGUGGCAAGAGUCCAGCCAUUCUUGGUCAGGCCUCUUCUGCAAAUGCACAGAGAAGUAUGUAUCCUCUCAUGCCUGCGUCCACCAAUAUCUCGUGAGGUGUACGAUGCCUUAGUUCGCAGCGCUGACGUGGGCCAGGUCCUCUCACUCCUUCAGGAAGCUCAACAGCAGAAGGUUCCUCUAGCUCAGCUUCCAACUACACUCUCGCACCUUGACCAUCCCACCAGGAAUUUGCUGCGUCGACUGGUUGGUGGAGGCUUGGUCGAAGAGAAUGUAGAGCAGCUUCUGCUGAUGCGUGACCACCUCACAAGGCUACAGAGACAGAAAAAAGCAACAGAGGCAACAAGAAAUAGUCUGCAGCAGCAACAGGUCCCUGGAUUGAUAAACUUGGAGGAUUUGAAGAAGCAACCUCCAACCCAUCACUGCAGUCUGCUACCUGAAGACGGCUCAGUUGAUAUCUCAACACUCAGUCUAUCCCAGAAGGGAAUGAUUCAGUCUCCAAGUAUGACUAUGAACGAGGAAUGGCAAGCAAUGUUUGGCAUGGCAGAAGAUCGGGUAUCACCCAACAGAACAGUUGACAACAGGUCAGUAUCACCCACGGAACCAGACCCAAGUGCCCAUACCUCCUCUGCUCCAGCUGCUAAACUGCCACCAUCAGAUGGAGGAGAAAAGGGCAUUAUCAAAUGUGUAUCCAGCUGCAAGUCAGAGCUAGAGAGCCUCAUUGCAACCAAACGGGAGGAACACCUUGUGUGUGUCAAGAAGAAGCGUGCAUUGGACACCCUUGCUUGGGAUACACGUUUGCCUCCUCCUGGAUGGCGACCAAGAGGACACUUGGUUGCACACUUGCAUGAGCAUCGGGGAGCAGUAAACAGACUUGUUCCUGUGGGAGACACAUCAAUAUAUGUCAGCUGCUCUAAUGAUGGGACUGUUAAAGUUUGGGAUUGUAAUCGUAUUGAGAGGAAGUUUCCCAUUAAUAGGUCAAAGGCAACAUAUAACAGGCAGGGUGGAGUUAUUACCUCAAUUGCUCCUUGUAUUACUCACCAGAGUCUUGCCUCAGCUUCUAAUAAUGGAUCAAUACAUGUUAUCAAGCUGGAUAAAAUGAGUCUUGUGAGUAGCAGACAGUUAAAUACAGAAGAAGAUGGGUAUGUGGUAGACAUGAAUUACUUUGAUACAGGUUGUCAGUCUGUGCUGACUUAUGCCACUGUCUAUGGUUCCAUUGUGGGCUGGGAUCUGCGAGCUCCUGGCACAGCUUGGAAGUUAGAAAACGGGCCAAGGAAAGGUGUUAUUACAUCAUAUGCAUUGGAGGGAACUCAGAGCUGGCUAGCUGUUGGGACAAGCAGCGGCCACCAUGUGUGCUGGGAUCUGCGCUUCAUGCUGCCGAUAUCUACCAUUACUCAUCCAAGAGGAGCUGGUGUACGUCGAGUAAGUAUGCACCCAAAGGAAGGAUCAUGGGUGGUGUCUGCUGUGAAUGGCAACAACGAGAUAUCUAUGUGGGAUAUGGAAACGCAGUCAAGACACAUGACACUUUGGGCUAGUCCGAAACCACCAUUGUCUAUGACACAGCUAUGCAACAACAGCGUAUGUGGCAUGUAUGUUAGCCAGGGGGACAGAGGACCCUAUGUAUUGGCAGGAGGAACUGACGGCAGGCUUCGCUACUGGGACCUCUGCGAGCCUGAAUCAUCAUAUAUUGUGUGCUAUGCUGCUAAUGAUGCAUAUCAGCAGUGGCCAAUAUCUUACAGUUCACGGGUUGUUGACGGAACAGAAGUCAUUGUAGAGACCCCAAACAAGCCACGCACAGCUCCCUCCAGCAGUGAUGACACACCAAAGCGUGGCCCAGACCAGCCCCCUCCUGGCCACAAGGACAUCAUAACAGAUGUGAUUGUCAUGAACGAGCCUCAGCGACUAGUCAUUUCCUCAGGGAGAGAUGGAACAAUAAAGAUGUGGAAAUAAUUAUUGGUUGUGUUAAGAUUAUUAUUUGGUGCACUUUUUUUCUAAUUCAUAAGUGCGAAUAGUGUAUAUAUCUUUCUCUUUUUUGUGAUUCUUGUCUCCAUAUGGUCAUGAUUUUUUUUCUGUUGAAAAAUGUAUGUGUAAGAUAUAUCAGAAUAUAGAAAUAUGUACUCAGUAUGUUUAAAGUAUGAUUUUUGCAGAAAGAGUAUCAGAUCUUCCUUAAGUAUAGGAUUAUAUGAAGUUUAUAAUUGUAACCAACAAAUGUAAUAUAUCAUGUAUGAAUUAUUUGUUUACAGUGAUAAAGGAGAAUAGGGUACAUUAAUUUGCCUAUUUAUUUUGAGAAGUGGUUUGAAUUAUUAUAACUUGAAAAUGGUGAUCUGUUUAAGACACAAAAGAACGUGUAAAUUUUUCUUUAUUGAUAUAAGAGCUCCUGUUUACAAACAUGCAAGUAUGGGCAUUAUUGUCAGGUUUGUUAUUAAAUCGUCAAAAACAAAGUUACUGAUAUUCUCAGAUAAAGUAUUCCACAUGGGAAGUGUGACUUUGUUCUUUGAUUAAUGUUGUUGGCGAAGUUUAGCAUAUAUACAUUAUAUAUUGUUAUGUUUUAGACAUUCAUUGUUAUCACCCUCAUCCUUUUUUCUCUCUCUAUUUUUUCAUUCAUACAGUGAUGAACUCAUAUAUUAGUAUAAUGUUUUUUCUUUCUUUCUUUCAUUCUUUCUUUUUUUUGCGUGGCAUACAAGGAUGACUUUGUGAUUAUGUUGACACUACAAGAAAGAAAUAAUAUGUGUAUGUGUAUAUAUUGUAGAAGUGACAUUAUAAGCACAGAUGAGAUUUUUGAACUGGAAUGAUGUGUCUUUUAAAUCUGGCUUUAAAGUUUUGAUAAGACAAUUUACAUGGUUACUUUUUGUCUCUAAUUAAGAUGAAUUUGUUUGUAUUCUGAAGUUUGAUAGCAUAUGGAUCUGGUUGUAGGAAUGUGCAUGCAUGCAAGUAUGAAUAUUUAUGUGUGUGCGUGUGUGUGAGUGAGUGAGUGAGAGUGGGUGCGUGUGUGUGAGUGCAUAUGUACGCACACACACUUGUUUAUGUAAAGUCUUACAAAAAAGAUUGUGUUUUUGCCUAAGCCAUUGCACUAUUUCUGCCAUUGAUUUAGCCAAUGUAAUAAGAAGAAAAAUUCUCAUGGAUCUGUAAGAAAAGAAUGAUUCAAGUUCACAGAUUGAAUGCAUAAGUAUUAUUUUCUUGGCGAUUUUUUAUUUGAAUGCAUUGUAUUCACCCAUUUUGUUAUGAUUAUAGAACAAAGUUGGUUAUCAGCUGUGAUAUUUUUGGAAUUUAAAUUUAAUAGAAACC